AUGAAGACUAUUUCCCUCACUGUUCUCUUCCUCGCGGCCCACGUUUCGGCCCAAUUCGGCACUUGGCCCAGUCCGAAGACAACGCAAAAGGCGCCCAAGACGAUCGAAGUGAAAGCCGGCUCUGUCUUCGAUGGCAAAAUGGAGCGUUACGUCUCCGGCUUCGCCGAUGGAGGCAUUGAAGAAGGACAGCCGCCAAUUUUCCUACUGGGCGAGGGCGCCACCAUCCAAAAUCUAGUCAUUGGGGCUCCAGCGGCCGACGGAAUCCACUGCAAUAGCAGCUGUAAGAUCGUGAAUGUCUGGUGGGAAGAUGUCGGAGAGGACGCCGCGACCUUCUUGGGAGAAAAGGGUGCUGUGUACAGCGUAACUGGAGGCGGUGCGAAGAAAGCUCAUGACAAAGUCUUCCAGCACAAUGGAGGAGGCACCUUGACCAUCAAGAACUUCUUGGUAAGUGUUUUCAAAAAGAAAUUCAACCUUUUCAGGGAGAAGACAUGGGAAAACUCUACCGUUCUUGCGGCAACUGCUACAACAAUGGAAAGUACGACCGUCAUGUGAUCAUUGACACCGUUAAAGUUACCGGACCAGCUCUUACUUUGGCCGCUAUUAACGGAAAUUAUGGUGACACCGCGGUGCUGAAGAACGUUCAAGUCUCCGGAUCUGUAACCUCAAUCUGCCAAGACACCCAAGGAGUAAACGAUGAGACCCUUCCAAAGGUCAAUCAUCAAUAUGUUUUCGGACAAGACGGCGAUGGAAAGGUCUGCAACUACAAGAAGACGGACAUCAAGAAGAUUUGA